CGCGCAGUGAGAUUUCAUUUAUUCUAAUUUCUAAUGGCGGUUCCACCAAGAUGGAUGAACUGCCCUAGAAAGGGAACAAUCAUAGCAGGAAAGUUUUUACCAUUCAAGACACUGUUGGACAGUCGUUAUGACGAGAAAGUGCCAGAGGCAUAUCGCUUUCAAUUACCGAUGCUGCUAGCGUAUCUCUCCAGUAAACAAGCGGAGAUGGGCAUGGUGGUUGACUUGACAAAAACGAGACGAUUUUAUGACUGUGAAGAGCUGAAAAAGAACAAUAUACAUUACAUCAAGUUGGAAUGCCAAGGACAAGGUGAGACACCCACUAAAGAGCAAGUUGCUACAUUUGUUAAAGUGUGUGACUCUUUCUUUGAAAGAAAUACAAACAGCAUAAUUGGCGUUCACUGUACGCACGGCUUCAACAGAACCGGUUUUAUGAUCAUAUCAUAUCUCAUUGAAAGAUUAGAAUGGAGUCUAGAAGCUGCUGUCCACGCCUUCACUGUGGCUCGUCCAACUGGGAUCUAUAAACAAGAUUAUAUCAAGGAGUUGGUUGAGCGAUAUGGAGAUGGCAGUGAUGACAUCACUGUUCCACCAAUGCCGGACUGGUGUGAAGACGACGACGUUGAUGUGGAUAUUGACGGAAAUGGACAGAGUGAGGACAAUGGUAUGGCUGAGAACGGAGAGCGACGAAGGGCGAAGAGGAAACGAGUUCAGCCUACCACUCAGUUCAUGGAAGGCGUGUCGGGUGUGGAUGCAGUCUGUGAUGCUGACAAGAUCCACGAGCUACAGAAGAAAUGCCAGAAAAUGUGCAACUGGAAGAAAAAUGGGUUUCCUGGUUGUCAACCAGUUUCUAUGGAUGUCAAGAAUAUUGCAAAAUUAGUUCAGAUGCCAUACAGAGUGAGCUGGAAAGCGGACGGAACGAGGUAUAUGAUGUUAAUUCUGGCAAGGGAUGAAAUCUACAUGUUCGAUCGCGACAACACAGUCUUUGCUGUUCCACAGUUUACUUUUCCGCGACGGAAAAAAAUUGAGGAACACGUUGAAAAUACACUCGUUGAUGGUGAAAUGGUUAUUGAUAAAGAUAAAGAUCAAUUAACACCGAGAUUUCUCAUCUAUGACAUCAUUACAUUUGAGGGAAAUGAUAUAGGGAAGUCUCCUCUUGAGCAAAGACUAAUGUGCGUUGAUAAAGAGUUAAUACAACCUCGAAUUAGAGCUGAAAGUGAAGGGAAACUACACAAGAGCAAAGAGCCGUUCAGAGUACGACAGAAAUUGUUCCUUGACGUCUUACAAACAAGAAAGGUGUUAGAGGGCAUUAUGCCGACACUAAGUCACGGACAUGAUGGACUGAUAUUUUCACCUGCCGAGGAGCCAUACACAGCAGGUCAGUGUUUUUCUGUACUGAAAUGGAAACCAGCCGACCUCAAUUCUGUUGACUUUCGUUUGCAAAUAGCAAAAAUCAAUAAGACUGGUGAAUUGCCAAGAACUGUGGGCUAUCUCUGGGUUGGUGGAAUGGACAACCCAAUUUCUGAAAUGAUGCUGACUAAGGAGACAAAACAGUUGAAUGGGAAGAUCGUCGAAUGCAUGUGGAAUCCUGUAAAAUGUCAGUGGGUUUUCAUGAGAGUGAGAGACGACAAAUCGUUUCCAAACAAUUGGAAGACGGCAGAAGGUGUGUGUAAGAGUAUAGUGGUACCAGUGACGCAAGAAAAGCUACUAGAAUACAUUGAAAAAUACGCACACCGCAACACAAGACCAUCAAAUCAGCAACCUAAUCACAACCAACAAGGGAAUUCACAACUAAAAGCCUCUUCUUCAUCGGGGACUGCAGACAGUCUACUAAUGCCUCCACCCAAGCUGCCACACUCGAAAUAGAAAUCACUCAUCACAUUCAAUCACUUUGAUUGGACAAACAGUUUUAUGUAUAAUAAAUUAGGAGCGAAUUGUAUUUUCAAAUAAUUGAUAUCAAUAAAUCCGGGAAUGUUUAUUGUAAAUUGGGAAAUUACAAAGUGAAUGCCUUGUAUGAAUGUGUACUAU